AGAAUCAGGAUCUUCCUGAUUCUGCCUAUGAUUGUGACUUUGGACUAGUUAUUUAACAAUGUGUCUGGCAUGCUAUAAAAUGGGUCUACUUAUUCACAUCUGGGGUGGAGCUAAAUUGAACAAACAUUUAAACAGCGUUCUGAGACCCUUGGGUAGAAGACACAAUAGAAGUUCAUCAUAAUACAGUUUUUUGCAUAUGUGAAAGGUUAUUAAUGCUUUUAAACUGUUUUUCAGAUUCUAAAUGGCUUCUAAGAAGUUUGGAUCUGACUUUCAUGGGCCUGUCAGUUACCUUGAUGAUGUCCCAUUUAAGAUUGGAGACAAAUUCAAAACACCAGCCAAGGUUGGCUUACCCAUUGGUUUCUGCUUGCCUGACUCUUCCCAGCUAGUCAGAGAAGCACAGUAUGACUUCUCCCUGGAAAAGAGAACUAUCGGGUGGGCUGAAGACAUCAAAAAAAUCCAAUCAGCUCAGAGAGAAGCAGAGCGAAAGGAGGCGCAAUCAAUAGCUAAUGCUAAGGCUGCUUCAGAUGACAACAGCAAAAUGGGAUUCUCGGAGGCCAUGCCGCCUUCCAUUAACCCUAUUCUCGCUAGUCUACAGCAUAAUAACAUUCUUACUCCUACCCCGGCCAAUAGCAGUGCCAUAAAGCAAAAGGUCCUUAGUCCACCUUACCCAAAGGCAGAUUUCAACCCAGCAGAUUUUGAAUGUGAAGAAGACCCAUUUGACAAACUAGAGCUAAAAACUAUUGAUGAUAAAAAAGAACUGAAAAGUAUUCUUGAAAUUCAUGUUGGUACUACUGGGCCAUUUGUCGCCCAACUGUUGGAUAAUAGCUUGCCCAAAGUAGGGCAUGAGUCUGUGUUACAAGAUCAGGAAGUACUGGCAUCUUUAGAAAGGGCUACCUUGGACUUCAAGCCCCUUCACAAACCCAAUGGCUUUAUCACUUUGCCACAGCUGGAAAACUGUGAAAAGAUGUCCCUGUCUUCCAAAGUGUCCCUCUCCCCUAUCACAUCAGUGAGCAAUAUUAAAUCUCUCUCCUUUCCCAAACUCGACUCAGAUGAGAGCGAUCAAAAAUCGUCCAAGCUUACAAGCACUUUCCACAGCGCUACCUGUCUCCACAAUGGCACUUUCCUUGGCUCUUUACAGGCCUGCUCUCAGAGUAAGGCUAGCGAACUCAACGGACAUCAUGUUGUUGGACUUUCUGCUUUAAAUGUGGACAGUGGCAUGGAGACAUCAACAUUAUCCUCUUCAUCCAGGCUGCCUUCCUUGUCUGUGUCAACACCUUGUACAGAAGAACAAUCAUCUCAAAACACAGCUGCUAAGGUACAGCCAGACUAUAAGGAAUCAGAACUCCCUAUGAUAAUGAACCAAAACUUCACCGUGUCUAAAGUGCCCAGUAAUAACAGCUGCACUAAAUGGUCAAGUGGCCCCACAUACUCGGAUGUGCUGCAGGCCUUGUCUGCCAGUGAGCGGCAGUGUGUGGAAACAGUUGUCAACAUGGGAUAUUCCUACGAAGAUGUCAUAACAGCUAUGAAGAAGAAAGGACAGAAUAUAGAACAGGUAAGAGCCCUUCCAAAAGGGCAGGAGCUCCAAAGAUGCAGCCAUCGCUGUCAGCACCUCGGCUUUACAAAAAACACACUAAACCGUAAAAAGUCACCGGGACCAGGCGACAUUCACCCAAGCGUUCUGAAAGAAAUCAGAUGUGAAAUUGCGGAACUAACAACUGUGGUUCUCGAUUAUCUGUUUGUCCACAGCCAGCUUUGUGAGAAGGGCUUUGAUCCUCUCCUUGUGGAAGCAGUUCUGGAAAUGUCCCAGUGCUCCGAGCAGAAGAUGACAGAACUUCUCCAGCUAAUGAGCAAAUUUAAAGAAAUGGGCUUUGAACUGAAUGACAUAAAGGAAGUCCUAUUAUUACAUAACGACCAGGAGAAUGCUUUGGAAGAUCUAAUGGCCCGUGCAGGAGCCAGCUGAAAACACCAGGAGUCUUGGAGCACGAUGGAGAGCGCCUGCAGGGGAAGGCAGCCAGCCUGUGUAACUAGACCCUCGCCACUUCAGCCAGAGUGUGGCGUGCUGUCUUUGGGAAGACGCCCUGCCUUUCCCAUACAUCGGAGAACGCACCCGACCCAGCUCACCGCGUGCGUCCCUCCAGCACGUCCUUCCCAUUGACAAGAGCUAACUUCUUUUCGUACAUUCAAUUUUUAAAGUGCCCUUUCCUAAGUUUCCUUUUCUGGUUUGGCCAUGGAGAGUUGAGACUGCCCGACCUUUACUGGAAUUGUACAUACCCAAUGCUGGAAGUAUUGUUUUGCUCACUCUUGGAUAGAGGAAUACAAAGUUGGUUUGAAAACAAGAAUGCUCUGGUUCUUUGAAGCUGCUUUCCUGGUGGGAGCUUCUACUGAAACACUGUAUCGCAGUUCAGAUAAACUGAAGUUGACCUUUAGUGCAAUGGAUUUUUAUUUUUAUUGGGUUGAAAAGUAGUCUGUAACUUAGUGGAACACUGGUUUCUAACCUGUCACUAUGCAUAAAGAGAAGUCGUUCCCUUGGCCCUUCUGCCAGGCAUAGGUGUCCAGUGCUUGAGUGGUGUGUAAACACAACUUUAUCACAACAGGUAAGCUCUGGACUCUCACCAGUGGCUGGGUCUUGCACCUAAGGGGCGAGAGCUGAACAUUUGCAAUCUCUUCCGCUCCUUCCCCAGGUGGAUAGGCUAUUUCAACAAAUGCCCUCCUAAGAAAUCAGUCUGUUUUAAAUGAUAGUCAGUGUGAAGCAGGGGGUUUCUUUCAAGCACUUUCUUUAAAUACAAAUAAUAUACUCACUGCAUUAGUUACAUUUUUUCACACUGCUUUAGUUACAUAUUCAAUAACAUCUAGUAAUAAAAAUCAGUUUUUGGGUUGGUUUUGAUAGUACAAAGUGUAUUAUGUUGUACAUUGUUAAAGGUCUAAAUACCUAAGAUAUAAGCAGUCUUGAUGAAUCUUUAAUUUGCUAAAUAUUUUGAUUCUGCAGAAAAUGACUAAUAAAACCCUACAAUGGAAUUCCCAGUGUCAUGUUUCCCUCUGUCUCUUGUGCUCUGGGUUCAUUAGAGGUGGUGGGCUGUUACAGCUGAAGAGGGAUAGAAUCAAAAUCAGUCCCUCCUAACUGGGCCUCCAAAGCCAGCAAUCCUUCCCACGCCCAAAUGCCCUGUGCUUGGAUUGUGUCUAGUUGACAGAGCACAACACAAGGAUCUGUCUGAACAGUAUUUAAGAGCCACUGCUAGCAGACAAGCAUGUGUGUCUGGAUUUGCUCCUUUCGUUUUGACAGCUGAAUUUUUCUCAAUGAAAAAAAUCUUUGUAAAGCAAUGAACUCCCCUUAAGGCAUGAAAUGCACUGCUGCAGAAGCAUGGCCUACUCCAACCAAAUCUUUUAUACAGAUUAACCUCUUUGUGGUUCUGGUCGCAUAUUUAAAAAAAUAAGUCUUGCUGGAGGGUAAAUGUCAGCACCUGUUGGAGUUUCCAAGCACACACUAACUUGCUGUGACUGAUUUACCCUGCAGCUGUUAGCUGCUUCAUGCUAACUUGCACAGCAGUUUCAAUCUCCUUUUCUAGCUUGUUAGAAAAGCUAAUGAGAUCUUUACCUGUGGGCACUUAUAGAGCCAACCUGCUUCAGGAUGUUAAACAAAAAUUGUCAUAGAAGGACCCAACCACUGUCCUCCCUAGCCAGCUGGUCCUAAAUUACAUAGCAGGGCCUCUGGACUCUUUAGUAUCUGCUGGAAGAGGGGAGGAAAUUCCCUGGCACCUCCAUUUUUACCUUAAGGAAAGCUGAGUGGUUUGUUUACACACACACACACAUACACAUAUUGCUACAAUCAGUGCAAUAGGCUGGUAU